AUGGAAUCCCCCGAAUCGUGCCUGACUAACGUCUUUAAGAUCGUCUGUCUCCUCUUCUCCCCGAUUCUGCUUCUCUGAGACGCCAUGAUGAUGUUGGGUUUUCGUUUUGGUCGCCCUAACUAACCGAGCACAGGAGAACCUCUCCCGGAUACCCUACGUUCUCUACCGCAAUCCGCCCCCCUCAACUUCCCAUUCCAUACGCCAUGCAGAGCGAACGCUUCGGAGCGAAGGUCAUAUCGUGCUCGGCGAUAGAGAGUCAAACGCCCUUUGGGUGUUCCAAAUAGAGUGUUUUAGCAACGGCGCGCCCAGGGGUGACGGGGGGGGAGGCGAGGGCGGAGAAAGCCACGUAGAAGGGGAGGUACAGGCGCAAAUAGCUGAGGAGUCAACGGAGGGGAAAUGGAAGAGCCUAGAGAAGCGUAUUGGAGAAGAGUGGGGAUUGACAGGUCAGUGCACCCUCCCCCCCUUCUCUGCGAGAGCUUAAACGAAGGAGAAGGGUUAAUUGGGAUCAUUGGAACAGAAUCAUCAGCAGGAGUAUUUCUCGCGGCAUCGCUGGCUAGUUCUACGAAGGGUGGUGGAGAUACAUUUUCGCCAGUACAACUUGGGCGGAGUACACCUGUUACACCUGCCCUGCCUACCCCCCGGCCAGGGAUAUUCUCCCCUCCCCCACAAGAUGUCGCUACUAUUGACUUGACAGAUGACCCGCUAGAGGAGCCUAAAGAGGAUCGUUUGCUGCCAUACAAGCAGUUUCUUGCCGCCGUGUUGUCGUCCAUUUCCUUCAAUUUGUCGCUACACAGCGGCUAUACAUCGCUCAACAUCCGAACGCUCGUCUCUCCCUCGUCGCUCGUUCCUCGUGUCACUGAAUUGAAGGAGGAUAAGGAGGAUUUGCUCCCUUCUUCCCCUAUCACGUUACCUGGCUUACUUCGGCCGUCGGUACUCGCGCUAGAGGCAUACCUGACGACAUCUGGUACCUUACUUGUGACACCGCAUACCCACGUUCAGGCCGCUUUAAGACGUGUUUCAUCAUCGCUAUCAUCGCCACUUGAUAAAAGAGACGUGUUUAUCGCGCCGUGGGGAGAAUGGGGCCGAUUAGUAUCCGAGGAGGGUCUGAAAAUUGGCGCGCGGGAGGAAAGGUGGAAAACUUCGGUCAGGGAAUACUUGCAGGACUGCGGGAUUUUGUCUGCCCCGAACCGGCAAUGGGGGGAAAAGUCGGUGCUUGAGGAAGCAAUUGACGAAGGCCGGUGGAGAAGGGUCGAGAUUUGGGUCCCUAUUAAGGAUCACCCAAGCGAAGGGAUGGGCAUGCUUGUCAAUAUAUUAUGGCCGGAUGCACUGCUGUUCCUGCGCACUUCGGAGAGUGAUACCAAUGGACUGCGGAGUGAAGGUGAAGGUGAGGACUGUGAUGCUUUCUGGGGAAAGGUUUUUGAUGCACCUGAGUAUGCAAGGUUUGCAUCGGGAAGGUUAUCGCGUUCACUAGCUGUUGGAUUGAAGGGUAAAAGAGAGCUGGGCACCGAGUGGUGGGAUAUCCCAUCAGCCGUGGAUUGGGCAGAGGAAUGGAUGGAGGGGAAGGAAGAUCGUGAGAAGGUCGUUAUGGCUAGACGGGAAGAGAAGCGACUGCGGCAAGAACAAGAGAGAAUAAAGAGGGAGGCCGAGGCAGAAAAGGAGCAGCAGUCAAAGGCUUCUGAGCCAGUACUCGAUGUUAAGGAAGAAGCGAAUGUUAAAGGCAAACUCAAAGUCUUGGAUGAGGCAAAGAAAGAUGGUCUCGUUGCUGGUGGGAAUGCGGGUGUCUAUCCUACUCCACCAGACGGCGGACAGCAACAGCAACAACAGCAGCAACCACCGCAGCAACUGCCGGGCCCCUCAGUAAAUCCCGGUAGUGGCGCACCAAAUACGACAUCCAAUGCCACUUCUACCACCGUUGCAACAGAUAUGGAUCUUGACUGGAUUGGAGUCAUGCCGGAUGCCGUUCCCGGCCCCGUUCGGAAGCAGAGCGAUGCAACCGGAGGGGUAGCGUUGGCGGGAGGUACUGGGGAAGCGGAUCUUUUCGGCGGGGACAUGGACGAAGAUAUGUUCGGAGAGGGAGUCACAGAAGACGACUUUGCAUUUUUUGACAAUAACCCUGGACAAUUAGAGGGAUUCGGAGGUGGUGGAAGCGCCGGAGAUGUGGACAUGGGACUUGAUGUCGAUUUUGGAGGGGGGGGCACAGUGGACCUAGCGAUGGAGUCGCCGGAAGUCGCCAUGAAGGAGGAUAUACUCACUUUAGUGAAUACACCCGGCAUGCCAAUACAACGCAUAGAUCAAUCAGCGGAAGAAUCAAGACCCGCAGAGCCGUCCGCAUCUGACAAAACAGAGCCACAUAUCCAGACACCUCCAUUGAGUCCACGUGGGGCUUUCCGAUUAUUAGUUCCUGAUUAUGCCUCCAACCCAACGAGGAGUUCCCAGCAUCUUACACCACCAACAACAGUUUCCGCCAUGAAGACCCCGCAGAAGAAUGGGGGGUACGCACCACUGAGUGGUGGGGUCAGUGAGGCCAAACGCCGGAUGUCACUCUAUUCGCCUAUCACAUUCACUACGAAGGUUGAAAUGGCGGAUCGGAAGUAUGCACCCGGAGGUCGAUUCUUUCUACCAGAGAGCACAAAAGAGAAGGAACAGAAGGAGUUGGAGAAGGAGCAGAACAUUACAACCAUUGGACUGAAGCGAAAAAGAGCUGGCAGUAUGUUCAUGCGAUCUAUGGUUGUAGAGGAGGCCCCUGUACCGGAGGUGGCUGAGGUAGUGCUUGGAGAUGAGGAUGCAGUCAUGGAUGAUAGUGAUGGAGCGGUUGGGGAGAGGGAAGAUGAGAGCGAAUUCUACUCCGGCGAUGAGACGAGCAGUGAGAGUGAUGCCGACGACGAAACCGACGAGGAGGAGGAAGAACCUGGGGGCGGGGCAUACUAUACAAGUCCAGUAGCUAUGGCCUACGGCGGUAGUAUAGCCCGCAGAAAACGGAAGCGAGCAUACGAAGACGAGGAUCAGGAAAUGGAACUAGCGCCACCAAUAUCGGACUCUACAAAAAGAGAUGUAGCUGUCGGAGCAGAUGGGGAGGUCGAAGUUCCAGGAGAAAUGGCGCCACCGCCUUGGGAGGUGAUGAUCCCGGACACUACGGAAUCGAAUCUAGUUGGAAUAUUCUCGAACAUCAGUCUAGAAACAGAGGCUAUAUCGCUUGCGGGUUUAGGGGAUAACGAGUUUGCUGCUGUUAGCAGACUGGUCCGCGAUCAGAUCGUCUACGGAACUACCAAACCUCUAGGGGACCUGAUGGAGGUGAGCGGUGUCGAGACAACUGUUGAGGAUGACGAUGAGGAAUGGUGUGCCAUACGGCAACGCCGAGGGAAAGAUGAAGGCGUAGUAGAAGAUGCCGUGAAGUCGCUGUUUGGGAAGACAGGUGUUGCAAGGUGCACAUUAGAGACCUAUGUUGCAAUAGCGGACGCGGUCAUUGAGCCACCACCGCUACUUGGUCGUGCCGCGGCUAUGCGACCGAUACCUCAACCCCGGCGUGGAGGAAUUGCAUCGGCGCUGGCUAAGAGACCCGAGGUAGAAGUUAACACAGCAGUUUUCAAACUACCGCCCCCACAUGUCCAUAUCCAUAGAGCGGAGUCUGCACUUGAAAUAUUACCGCCGGCCUUACAUUUUUGGGAAACAUUUGGAUUCGGCCCGUGUUCUGGGGCUAAGAACGUCAUCGCUUUCUGUCUACAUCCUGAUUCUCGAUCAAUGGAGGAAGCGGCGGAUGCCUUUCUAGAGAGAGUUUCAGGAGCCUACGAAAGUGGGCGGUAUGGUGUACACGUUCGAGCAAAAUUAGAUGAAGUGGUAGAGAAUGGGGGAUACGGCGUUCAGGGACGAGACAUAAAAGCAGUCAUCGAAGCAAUGGAGGAUUUCGGAAGUGUGCUUGCGAGCGUUGCGGAUGAAGGUUGCAAUAUCGUUGUAUAUGUGGUUAACCCCUUCGAACAUCCUAGCGCACUUGUGGAUAUCUGCGUAGGGUUUUCGAAGAUGAAGAAAGUUUACGAGAGUCGGUUAGGGGGCAUAAAGGGGAAUAAUCUGGUUCUCCAAGUUGUUCGCGCAAGCUUCCUUGCACGGAAAAUGGGGGCCGUCGGCACUGGGCAGGCAGAAUGGGCCAGGCUAGCUGCAGAGGUGUACAACCGGUGCGCACCGAGUGAUGGUGUAUCAUCACUAGAAGAGGUAUAG